CCUCCUUCACCCCGUGCCCGUUGGUUCCGGCCUCGUGCUGCCGUGCGCCAUCUUGGAGGAAGUUGUUUCCCGGGAGCCGGCGAUGUGUGACUCUCGGCUGGUGAGGCACUUUGUACCAGAAAAUUGCCAGUAAUGGUGGAUUCCAUGGAUCAAAAAUCCAACUGUACGUCAGCAGGACAGAGUCGCAAUGAAAGUAAUGUGGUUACCUCCUUGAAAGGAAAGAAAGCUGAAAAUGAUUUGAAAGGUGUAACUGAAGAAUGUCCAGCUGGAGUUUCUCUGCAGCUGUGGAAAAAAUUCCAAGAAUUGAAAGACCGAAGGAGUUCCAUAACUAACUCUGGUAUUAAAAAGAAGAGUAGACACAAGCGAAAAGCUGAAGGCGCAGAAGACCUGACAGAAGUAGAAUCAAAUUAUGAGAAAUCUUCCAUUAAAAUGAAGAAAUUCAAGCAAGAGCAGAAAAUAGAGAAUAAAAGUGAUAUGUUGAAUGCCCAAGAGUCACAUUGGAGUGAACUAAAACAAUAUAUUGGAGCAAAUGAUAGAUUUGAGAUUCCUGCUUGUAGUGCACCUCCUUUAAAGACAAAUCUGGAGAAAAACCUUGACGAGGCCAUUGCUACAGGGGAUAUAGAAGAAGCAGAAAAGCUGAGUGACAGUCUAGCUGUUCGUGGGUUGGGUGUGAAAAUUGCCAAGGCCAUCAAAUGUCGUGAUUUUGCAAAAGUCAAACAAGAGACUGAAGCUUCUCAGCAGGCCCAAAAGAAGAAGCAACUUGCUUGGGGAUUUGAAGCAAAGAGGAGAUGGGAGACAAAAAGUAACAUGGGCUACAUGUGAUGUCAUGACACCAUAAGAAAAUGAAGUGGUCAUUGAAGUAUAUUAAAGCAGGUUCUCUGCCGAAUCACUUGACCUGUACUUGCACUCUAAAUCCAAUCUUGAGGAAGUCAUCUGGAAGCAUUUUACAAGAACACAACAGUGGCUGUGCCCUGGUGUUUUCGUAACUACACAUUAACUGGUUGUGAAUGAUUUAGCCUUCAGUGUCUAAAAUUUGAACACAGUCAAGAAGAUUGGAGGAAGAUUUUGAUGCAAGUUUUGGACAAGCCCUGGCAUACCUUUUGGUGGAACAAAUACACACAACAAAGUGGUCAUUUGUUUUCUAUCACCCUACAAACUGAAACAAUGAAACUGCUAUAUUUCUACCAGAAAGGCUGUAAAUUUGGAAUUUGCUGUCAUUUGGAAGCUCUGCCUUUGUCAGGUGAACUUUAUCUGUUCUUGUGCUGUUACAUCAUCAAAAUCCUGUCUGAAAAAUGAAAGGCAAAUGAUCAAACUUUCACCUUCUCAUGCCUCACCUCUCUAAGAUGUUUUAGUCACAUUCAGGUGACUCAAAGUGUCACUGUGCUACAGUGUAACUGGCAGACAGACUGUGGUGGAUAUAUCUAUUAUUUAACUGUUCCAGCGUUAGCCAUCUGUUGAUAGAGUUCAUUAUAUCAGUACGAUCAAAAUUGAACGGGAUUCAUAAUCUCAGUCUUCUGUGGCAUCAUCAUUAUUUUGUUGAUCUGAUCUUAUUUUUGACAAUAUCCUAUCUGCUUGUAAAUUAGAAGCAAUAGAUUGGGUAUGUGGAUUGCUUCAUUUAAGUAUUUUACGCAAUCAAAUGUCUGAUAAAAUAAAUUGGUUAACAACU